AUGGGACUCAAACAGUUACAGAACGAGAACGCUGUGCUCGAUCGUCGGACAACGAAGGAGAACCGUGCAGCGGCACCGCUGAAGAACGCCGUUCUGGGCAGACCGGCAGUUAUCUCUAAUGAAAAUGCUGGGAAUCCCGCGAUCCGAGAAACGUCCGAGAAAGUCGAAUCGUGCUCGGAGAAAGCCCUCAAACAAGCGGUUGAGACGACGCGGCCAAAGAACAAAAGCGAGUUCGCAUCUCGACCCAUCGAUAUUGAGGACAUCGAUGCAGGCGAUGAUGACUACCCGGAAUUCUGUCCUGACUACGUGAAACGAAUCUAUGAUUAUCUGUUCGAUCACGAGCUCAAGCAUCCGGUGAAAGCCGACUUCCUCAAAGAACACCCAGAGUUGCGGCCGAAUAUGAGGAUGAUACUUAUAGAAUGGCUCGUGUCGCUCACAAAUCGCUUCAAACUCCUGCAGGACACACUCCUACUCUGUGUUUCCAUCCUGGAUCGAGUGCUCUCGACGUCGAAGAUAAGGGUCAACCGCUCAAAUUUCCAACUGUUGGGCGUGACGUGUCUAUGGACGGCCUCAAAGUACGAGGAGAUGUACAUGCCGUCAGUGAACGACUUCGUGUACAUGUGCGCAGGCGCCUACGACCGUCGGGACGUUCAGAUCAUGGAGGUCCGUGUCCUCACGGCGCUGGACUUCGAAUUUUCGAAACCGCUGAGCUGCCACUUUCUUCGACGGUUCUCGAAAGCCGCCGGCGGAGACUUCAAACUGCACACGGUGGCCAAGUACCUGAUUGAAUUAUCGCUGUAUCGGUACGACCUCGUGGACUGUCUCCCCUCGCUGAUCGCCGCAGCGGCGCUAUACGUCGCAGGCAGGGUUACUCAGCAAAUGACGUGGGACAAGACCAUGCGGUUUUACAGUAGAUACGGGAUCGGAGAUUUGAAAGAUGUUGCUCUGAAGCUCGCCGAGACGGCAGUUAAGGCCGACAAGAAUAACAAUCUGAAAACCACGGUGAAGAAAUUCUCGAGCGAAAAGUUCUUCAGGGCUUCGACUCUCUUCAAAACGGCUGGACUACUGGAGGGACUUUUCUCGGGACAAGAUAGCAACGAAGAAUGAUUCUACCCCUAAUAUCUACUUUAAAUUCUGUCCAAGGAAAAUGAAUUACGGAGUGGACUUUCUCGUUGGGCUCGUGCAGAUCGGGGAUCUCCUAGCCUGACCUGUCUCAUGCGACUUUUUAGUGAACCCAAAGCUUCAUAUCAUUUUAUCGUUACGGAAUAUAAUGGAGAGAGGCGAAUUUCCGAGG